GGUCAUGUGACACAUUCUGCUGAUUGUACUAUUUAUUUAUUUACUUCUUUGUUUUCUUCGAAUUACUUAUAUUUAAUCCCUUUUUGGGAGGUUUUGGUGUCGUAGAAUGAAAGCAGGUAGUAAGAAGAGUUCCUGUAGAUCAUCAAUACGAACUUGCGAGGAAAAAUACAGCUGUGAAACAAUUAAUCCAGAGGCGAUUGUGUUUUGCUUGGAAUGUAAUUCGGCUCAGUGCUUGAAGUGUGAUUCGGGAAUACACUCCUUAAAAAAGAACCAAAAUCACACGAGAGAAAACCUCCCAACACCAAAUGCAGAAUUAUUAUGUCAGAUAUCUGAGUUAGGGGGCACCUGCAAGAACAAAAACUAUGCGGAUUUCUUUUGUCAGACAUGUUUUUAUCGCCUUUGUUCUGAGUGUAAUGAUAAAUAUCAUCUUAGAAGUGACAAAACUAAUCGCAAACACCAUAUUCGUAUUACCAUGAAAGAACAUAUGAAGAAAGGUGACAAUAAACAAGCUUGUGACAAAUUAAUGCCCCUGUCCCCUGUAGCAUUCGAUGAUGAUUCUUUAACAUACAUAACAUGUCCCCAGCAGGAUAAUUUCGCGGAUGGUACGAAAUAUCAAACCCAAAGUUUUCAUUCUGACAGUAGCAGUAUACCAGACAUUUGUCAAGAUGUAGGUAAUAUGGAGAUUAGAAGAGAUAUCGAGGCAAGUUUUCGUCUGUCAACAGAAGAAGAACAUCUUGAAAUAGAGAACGAACCAGAAUUUCUGGAGAAACUUGGUUGUGAAGAAAAUGAGUUGGUCAAGGUCAUUUCUAUAUUUGGCAAUACAGGUGAUGGGAAGUCGUACACUUUAAACCAUACACUAUUUGAUGGGAAAGAAGUCUUCAAAACAUCGUCAGAUCAAAACUCCUGUACGAUAGGCACAUGGGCAGCUUAUGAUCCACAGCGAAAAGCUGUUGCCAUAGAUACAGAAGGGUUGCUAGGUGUAUCACCCAAUCAGAAUCAAAGAACUAGACUGUUACUGAAAGUACUGGCAAUAUCUGAUGUAGUAAUCUAUCGUACAAGAGCUGAAAGACUUCACAAUGAUAUGUUUGCAUUUCUUGGAAGUGCUUCUAAAGCAUAUUUAAAACAUUUUGCAGAGGAAUUAAAAACCGUCAGUCAGAAAUGUAAGAAUACUUCGAAGGUGUCAAUCCUAGGUCCAGCUGUUAUUGUAUUUCAUGAAACGACUCAUACAGAACCAUUCAAGUCUAAUGACCUUGGUUUGAAGUGUCCAGGAAUUCGUCAGAGAAUCAUCGAAUCAGAGUGUUCACUAGAAGCGUUUAGUGACGUGCGUUAUGUUGGAACAAAAACUAAACCAGGAUCUAAAACAGAAUUUGUUAUUUUAGGAAAAGUGAUUUCUGAUCUUUUUUCUAAUAAUAACAUCCGAGCAGCACGUCAACCGUGUGUCGUUUUACAGGCAUUAAAAAUGUUAAAUAAAAAGUUUAGUGGAGAUAUAGAAAAACCCAUGCCUGAAUCAUUCCCUGAUCAAUAUUUUACUUGUACAGAGAAAUGUUUAGCUUGUGGAGGACGAUGUAUUCACAGCAUGAAUCACCGGAACGGAACACAUGAAACUAGUCGCGAUACAUAUUGUCGAUAUGUUCAUGAACUUGGCAAUAAGGUCUAUUUGUGCAAGAACUGUAAGAAAUCAGGACAACAGAGAAUUGUAGUACCAAAGAUUUCUAGUUCUAAUGACAGUUCUUGGCUUGGUAUUAGUAAAUAUCUAUGGUCAGGUUUUGUGCUAGAAUGCCCUAAAUGUGGCAUUAUUUAUCGCAGUCGGCAACAUUGGUACGGUAAUAAGGAAGUUGAUGAAGUUGCUGACACCGAUAUUCGUCACAUGUGGCCUGGAAAUAACACUGGACUAGAAGGAAGUCACAAUGCAGCAAGAAAAUUUUUAGAUGGGUUUAAUUAUGUUGCUGAUACUAUAUCAACAAUUAGCGCCAAGCCCACCAAAGUAUUGACCGAGUGGACAGCAGAUAAAAUAGCACCAGAAUAUUGGAUACCAAAUGCCCAGAUCCUGGAGUGUGCCCAAUGUUCUGAAGAUUUUACAAGUAACCAGCAGAAGCAUCACUGUCGAGCUUGUGGAAAAGGAUUCUGUGAUAAAUGUUCUUCGAAAACACGCCCUGUACCUGAAAGGGGCUGGGGAUAUGUAGCUGUCAGAGUUUGUGAUGAAUGCUUUGAUGAUAAAAAGAUCCGCGAAGCAGCUCCAGCGGGUCCUGCUGCUGCAGGCGAUAGCUCUAAUACAGCUAGGAAAGUGGGAGAAGCUGUGAGUUCAACAUUUGGUGUUGUGGCCUCAGCAAUUGAAUAUCCAUUAGAGAUGAUCAAAGACUCAGCACGACCAGAUUAUUGGAUUCCUGAUGAUAAAAUUAAAGACUGUCAUGUUUGCAAAAGUCAGUUUGAUUUGUUACGUUUAAAGCACCACUGUCGAUCGUGUGGUCAUGGUGUUUGCGAUGAUUGCUCUCCUAAUAGAUUACCUGUUCCAUUAAGAGGGUGGGAUUAUCCAGUGCGUAUAUGUGUUAAAUGUGAAAAGAAUAAAGAUCGGAUAUGAUAAAUAACUAUUUAAAGUAUUUUCUAGAGUAAAGUUGCCCAGAUGUACAUGUACACUGUAAGUGCUCUGCUACUUCUGUCAUAUUAUUAGGGAGAUGCAUAGUUAAUAGCUAGUAUGUAAUGAUUACAGGUAUAUUUUUCAUGUGUUUGAUCAAUUUUUAUAUACACUGUAAAUGUACCAUUUAAAAAUAACUGUACUUAUUACAAGCUUGCUGUGUACACAAAACAAAAUUUAUUCAUGAAUGUCACUAGUUCCCUAAAUAAACACACAACAUGUAUUGGUACAUAUACAAGCAGCCCUGUGCUUAACCUCUGUUCAUCUAGAAUUUUUAUGUUGUUAUACAAUGUAUGUACUUUCAAUUUUCAUAUUUAAACUGUAUUUUGUUGAACUUUAAAUUAAUUGUCUUUACUGGUUUUGUUCAAAAGACUUUCAGUGACAUGUCUACCAAAGGCACUACAAUACAAGGUAUGCAAUAUUGCAAAUAUUGAGAUAAAGAUGAAAAGUUAAGAAUGUGUACAUAAACCUGUAGCGUUAAGAUCUAUUAUGAGCAGUCUGUUUUUGUAAAAUUGGUUUGUUUGUUUUAAGCUUAUCUUAUUUAUUUGACUCUUCUACCUACUGUUGGAUGAUUGAUACAUGUAUUAUAAAGUUAUUUAAAAGAAUGUUUUUUUUUUACAAUUAUUAUGUGAUAUAAGUACACGUACAUGUAUGCUUAUGGUCUGUCUAUUUUUAAUUCAAUUUCUAUUAUUAACUUAUGGUACAUGUACAUUUUAGAUGUACCUGCUGAUUUUUAAUAAUCACAAAGGACAAAUUGUUUGAAUGAUUAUUUCUAUUUAAAAUACAGAUGUGACGUCACCCUUUGAUGUUGGCGUACCAUUAUUUCAAAUAAUCGUACGGGCAACUUGCCAAUAGUACUUUAUUCAUACCAGUGAGAUAUUGGACUAGUGUGACGUAAAAGCUCGUGCGGAGUGUCAGUAUUUUAAGAUGUUUAAUGGUCUCGAGCUUACGACAUUGCGUAAUAUAUUGUAAAAACAUUCGGGCCUACGGCCCUCAUGUUGUUACAAUAUAUUACUUAAUGUCUCGCUCUCGACCAUUAAACAAUACAUAAUGCACAGUCAACAUGAAAGUAGAAUGCAAUAACUAGCUUGGUAAGAAAAUAACAUUCUGAAUAUUGAACAUGCAUAUUAAAUUGUGAACAUACAAAUUAUAAAUUAAAGUUUAGCUAAAUGUAACUAAAACUAUUGGGCGAAUUGGUUUAAGAGCCUGUUUUUAUGUUCUUUGAAUUUAUUUUACUCAGUCAUCAGUGUAGUGAAUUGUAUUUUCAAUAUGGUCCAGCAUAGGUACAUGAUAGAUACCUAGUAUACAUGUAUAAAGUAUGCAUAGGUCAGCCUUUGGACACCAUUACUUAUUAUAUUGCAACAGAAAGUCAACAGUUUCUUUUGAAGCAUUAAAUAUAUUCUCUUAAUUCACAAAUUAUAUUAUAAGCUGACCUUUGAUAUCCUCUAUACUCUAGGUCAUGAAGAGGCUGGAUGAUCUCAUUCCCAAACCUAACCAGGGAGGUUCUGGAGCUAGCAGAAGUUUGGGGGGUUUUUUGUAGGGGGGGG